UUAGAUCCUGUUGCUUUUGAAAAAUAUCCAUGGGGUCGGGUGGCUUUUAGUAGUUUAGUGAAUUAUGUUAAGAUAGUUGACUAUGACGGAGAUUCAUACACCAUACACGGCUAGCGUUCAUGCUAUGUUGAUUUGGCUGUAUGAGAGUAUUCCUGGAAUUGGAGAAAGUUAUGGGUUUAGAAGGACAGAAGCGAGUGGUGUUCCACUUCUUGAUUGGCGAUCAUCACGAAAACGUAUCAACUUCACAGACUUCUUCAAAAAAGAGAAGCAUUUGCACGGACAGGUUCGUGUUAGGCAUAUGAUUCAUGUUUCAGAGGAAGACAUGUAUCCUCUAUGGUCUGACUCAGAGGAGCAUACGGAUCCACACCUAGACGAGCUAAUUAAAGAUCUCAUUCAUAACCGUUUGUCUCUAGAUGCUUGGAGUUGUGGCAAGACAGUUGGUAUAAGUUCAAAAAAGAAGAAAAGAAGAGCUGAAGCUGAUAAGGUGAAUGACAACAGAGGGUGCAAUCCUAAGAAAAAAAGAUGGACAGAUAGUGAUCCUAAAUGUGAACAAGGAGAAAAUGUAACCAACAUGGAGGAUGGUAAGGAUGACACGUCAAUUUCUUUGGAUAUUUGGAGGGCGAUUGAGAAAAUGAAUGAGACUAUUUCUGACUUGGGCAAAACACUCAACAGUCGAAUAGAUGUCUUGGAGAGUAAAUUUGAAACAUGCGUUGAAAAACAAAUGACGGUGUUCAAAGAGGAGAUGGGUGAGAGGAUUAAAGCAUUGGAGAAAGAAAGAAAAGAGCCAAAAGAAGCUGAUGUACGGAAUGAUGCCACUUCGCACACCAUUAACGAUGAUGAGGGAACAAGUAAAGCACCUUCAUGGAUUGUUGAGAUGAAGCAGACAUCACAAGAUGAAUUUCCAGUUCAAAGGGUGGUGAGGAAGGUUUACACUGUCAAGAAUAAGAAGAAAGAAGAAGAUGAGAUAUCAGAGAAACUUCCUCUCUUUGAAAAGAAGGAAUCUGUGAAGGUUGAGAAGAAGGAAACUUCCAAGAAAAAGAAGAUAACUGCUAAAGCUUCUGACGAUGUUGAGGAUAUAACUACCCAAGUUCAGAAAGCUAAAUUCAAAAUAGCUUCAAGUUCUGAAGAUACAUGGUCCAACAAGGAGGAUCAGUUGGUACAUAAAAAACUUGAGAUGACAAUAAACCGCCUUGGAGAGGCUUUGACGAGGUUGGAUGGACCUGGACCUUCGAAGACUUCUAGACGCGUGCCCCAGUUGGCAGAAUCACAGAAGUAUCCUUACCUUGGUAACUCGACAGUCAAGCGGAUCAUUACAGAGGGUGAUAAUGUGUUAGGCGACCAUCUUAAGCCUGUAGAUGAUGAGAAACAUCAGACACUUUUGGAUUUUCUCAACCUUGAUAAGGAAGAGCCACUUAGCACCAGCAACGCAGCUGUGAGAUUCUAUUGGAAAAUUAUGAUUCCAAGGGAAAAUUGGCCAAGCUUUGACUAUAGAUGGUUGACAGACCAUCACAUGGGUUGUGCAAUGGCUAUGUUCCGGAAAAGAUAUAUGUCACAUGGGUUGUGCAAUGGCUAUGUUCCGGCGAAGAUAUAUGCGUGA